AUGCAAACCCUGAGUUUGUUUCCUGGCUAGCGGUAAUUUCCAAAGGGUGUGAAGCCUUUGGGUAGUGUGCACUGUGACCAAAGGCACAAUGUGCAGAGAAGUUUUAGAAGCUCCACAUCACUGCUGCAAACAAAGCUCUUCCUGCAUCUCUCCGCUUAGUGAUGCAGAGACCCAGGGUUUGGUGUUUCACUUCAUGGAUCACGGAAGCCGGAGUUCUGUAUUUUAUCUUCUUCCAGCCAGCAGGCUCCCAGCCCGACUGUGAGCCUGGCGAGAGGUGCAUCAGGCAGAACGAUGAAAACUUUAGCAGCUGGUUCCUGACACUGUUUCUCCUGGCCCUGCUCCUGUCCUGCGGGAUCUGCUGCUGCCUGCAGUGCUGGCUGAAGCGGCGGAGCAGCCUCCAACCACGCACUCUGGCCGUCUUUGCGCUCAGCAGCUCGGAUGCUUUCUGUGCAAGUGAAGCCCCUCAGUGCCCGUUCUCCAGAUCUCCAAGCGCCUGCGUGAACGUGGAGAGGUCAUCUCCUGCCCUGCAGCUCAGCCCUGGAGGAACUGAGUUGCCUCCAUCUUAUGAGGACAUAAUGAAGGAAAAUAAACUCUAGGCACCACAUGUUGUCUUUCUGCAGCUUGUAGAAUCAUAGAAUAUCCCAAAUGGGAAGAGACCCAUGAGGAUCAUUGUGCCCAACUUCUUGUUCCACUUGGUUCACCAGAGAACUUCCAUCGUGUUACAGCAGUGAGAGCAAAUCAGCCAAGAGCCUAAAAAACAGCACAUAUUUCACGUGAGCCUGAAAGGGGAGACCAAACGCAACACAACAAAUGCCAGAAGCGCGUGUUGAAUCUGUCACGGGGGCUCACACUGACAUUUUGAUAGGGCUCUUGAAUUUUGAGAAGCUCACUGAAAGAUCUGUGCUCAGGGUUUUUGGCUCAGCCCGCAGAUUUCUUUCUCUCGAGCUGGUGCAGCCCCGUGUGUUUUAGGAAUGAGUGUUGAUAAAUGACUCGGUAGUUACUUCUCAAA